AUGACAACAUUACCUCAACAAGAAUCGAAAUUUUCUGCUGCACUUUCAAAACGGUUUGAAAAUGAAGCUGUAUACUCGUUUUUGGAAAAUUUUGAAGCUGUUGCACAAAAACAUGAACGACGACGACAAAAAAUAAAAAAAGAUGAAGACAUUCAAAAUGAAAAAUUGCCUGCUGAAUAUAGAAAUAUUUUUACUGUAAAACCUAAAAAAAUAUCAUCAAAAGAAUAUGAAUUACUCUAUAUUGAAACAUUAUAUACAAUAAAACAUAAAAUUGGUUCAACAACAUCAAAAUACAUUCAAGGAGAAAAUGAUCUUUAUAUUUAUGCACAAGAAGCAUUCGAAUUAUCAAAUGAAGAUCAUCAUCGUUUAUUCGAUAAAGCAAAUGAAGAAAAACCACCUAUAUUAAUCUUAAAUGUAGAAAUAAUUGAAGCAAAAGAUCUCGAGGCGAAAGAUGCGAAUGGAUUUUCUGAUCCGUAUUGUAUGUUGGGCAUUGUACCUGAAAUUCGUCAUUCUAUUAUUCUCCAACAACCGAAUGGUGGUGGAGUUUCGUCUGAUGAAGAAGGAGCUAAUGCUAAUUUAGUACAUGAUAAUAAACUUGGUUUUAUGAAACGUUUAAAAAGUUUUCGAAAAUCAACAAAUCGACGUUCACAAGGACGUGAGAAAACGAUUUCAACAACUAGUUCAAGUUCACAGAGUAGCGCCUCUUUAAAAGAUAAACUUCCUGCAAAAUAUAUUCAAGCAACAGAUGUGAAAACAGCAACAUUGAAUCCGAUUUGGAUGGAAAAAUUCCGUUUCCGUAUAGAAAGCGAAAAAUCCGAAACCUUUCAUUUGGAUAUUUGGGAUCAUGAUGAUGAAUUUUCAGUAUUUGAAGCAGCAACCAAAUUAAAUCAAGUGCAAGGUUUUAAAGGACUUAACCGUUACUUUAAACAAAUUGCACAAUCAGCACGAACAAAUUAUUUAACUGAAGGUUCACAUGUUGAUGAUUUUUUGGGUUCAAUAAAUCUUAAAAUAAGUGAAAUUCCUUCGACUGGAAUUGAUAAAUGGUUUUCAUUGGAAGGUCGAAAUGAAAGUUCUAAAGUUCGAGGUCAAAUACAUAUCCGAGCUAAUUUAACAACACGAGAGGAUCGUGGAAUAUCUGAAGAAGAUAAUUGGACGGAUAUUAAAGAGCAUGUUGAACUUUUAGAAAUAUUUAUUGAUCAUGAAUUAAAACAAUUCAAGGGUGAAACAACGCAAUGGACAGGUGAAUUAUCUCGUGGAGCGGAAACAAUUUUACACCAACAUGCAAUACAAGGUGGUAUAACAGAUAUUCAACAUUCAAUGUGUCGUUGGAUAGCAUAUUCACAAAAAUAUUCUGAACAUAUAUUAACUUAUAAAUUAUUAUUAUCAAUUACUGAACAAUUAGAACAAACAUGGAAAUCAAAAUCAUUGAGCAGAGAUGAAAGUGAUAUGUUACGUGAAGCGUUCACAGUAUUUAUAAACGAUUGUUUUAAACAAUUAGCAAGAAUUCGAGAACUUUUUCCAGCUGCCAAUAAAGCUUCGAUGGAACGACUUGAACAACUUCUAACUAUUCUCGCGAAAUUACAUGGUAUGGAAGUAUUUCGUUAUUGCUGUCCGUUUCAAAAUAGUCUUCAAUAUGAAUUAACAUCUAUGAUGAAAACAAGCACAAUUGAAUGGUUUGAUCGAAUGGCUACACAAAUAACAAAACCACGCUUAAGAUCUGAUGAAGAUACAUUGAGAAAUGCCAUUGAACUGGUUUAUCUUAUGGUUGGAGAUGCUCAUUCAUCCAUUAAAUAUUACAAUCCAAUAUUUGAAUCUACUGUAAAAAUGUCUUUUUAUAAUAUUACAUUUAAAAAAAUUGAUGAAAAACUGAUGGACAUUAUCAUAAAAGCUCUUGAAGAAGAACUUGGUGAUCAAAUUCAUCAAUGUCCAUCGAAAUUCUUGGAAGUCAAAGAACCUGAUUCAGUUGAUGUUCUUGCAUUUGCAUCAGGAGCUGAACAAAUAAGUUUAUGUUUGUUUGAACUUUAUUUAUCACUUCACGAAUUAUCAAAGUAUAAAAUUUAUGUGAAUGAAACCGAUCGAGCAAAUCUAAAAAUUUCACAAUAUCAUGGUUAUUUUGGAGCGGCUGUUAAAAAAUGGCUGUCUGUGGCUCGAAAUAAAAUUCUUCAUCGUAUUGAACGUUCAGUUGAAAAUGAUAAAUAUGAAACUGUAUUAACAGCAACAUCUAAUGUUAAAUUUACGGCUUCAUCAUUAGAUGUAUCGAACUGUUUCAGUCAAAUUGCACAGUUUUGGCGAAGAUUAGCAUGGCCGGAUAUGAUUAGUUCAAUUACGUAUCUAAUAAAAAUAACUGAAGAUAUGGCAAAUGCCGCACGUUUAUAUGCAACAUUAGUUGAAGCGAAACUGAAUACAAGAAAAAUAUGUGAAGCGAAUGAUGUAGCUUGCUUUACACAAGAAGUUUCUUUAGCUGUCAAUGAUAUUGAACGUAUAAGAGAAUCCUUCAAAACUUUACCCAUUGAAUUGUCUUAUGAUAAAUUAUUAGUAGCAGCUGAAAAAUUCCAUCCCAUCGCUGUUGUGGGCGAAUAUAGAAAAAAGAUUGAGACAACGGUUGCAUGUUGCAGUCAAGAAAUAAUCGAGAGAAUUUAUCAAAUCUUGAGUAAACUUGCUACUAUGAUGGAAGUCGAAUUAAAACAAUAUACAUUUCAUAUUAUCGAAGCACCAGAACUUGUUUUACUUCAAGAUACUGUUCAACCACUGAUUACAUUUAUUGAUGUUCGAGUUUUAUCAUGUAAAGAUUUGUUAAUAAGACAAAAUUUUACAAGAUUAUUAGAACUUGUUUGGGCUAUUGUAAUGGAUCAGUUUCUAUCUGAAGUCGAACAAACAUUAAACCCAAGAACAAACUCAUCUUAUGCAAGAUUAAUGAAAGCUUUAGAUUCAUUAGUUGAUUACUUUCAUUCUGAUGAACAAAAUUUAGCAAAAGAAGUACUGAAAACUGAAAAAUAUAAAUUAUUAAGAAAAUUAAUAAAAUAUUAUUCAAUGGAUACACAUUCAUUAAUUAAACUAUAUUAUCAAGAAAAACUACAAGAACAAGAACGUUCAAGUAUCAUAAAUCAAUCUUCAUCUACAUCAGAUUUAGGAAAACUAUAUUGUCGUGCAUAUUAUCAUUUAAAAGAAGAAACACUCUAUGUUGAAAUUAUAUCAUGCAAAAAUCUAAAACCUUGUGAUUCAAAUGGCUUAAGUGAUCCAUAUGUUGAAAUUCAAUUAUGUCCCAAAUUUCUCUAUCCACAUAUUGAAAAACAACAAACAUCUAUUAUAAAAAAGUCUUUAAAUCCAUCAUUUAAUGAAAAAUUUGAAUUUCGUUUGACAGAAAAAGAAUGUACUUUAUCCAGUGGUUUCAUACAUUUCAUUGUGAUGGAUCAUGAUUUAAUGUGGUCAAAUGACUUCGAAGGAGAAGCUUUUCUUGAAAUAUCGAAAUUACCUGGUAUUCCUAAUGAUUCAACAAAUGAUAGUCGACUUUUGGAUGAAUUGAAAAAAGUUGAACUUACACUUACACAUCCAAAAGUUUUGCGAAGUCGUAUUGUUGACAUAUUAGAAGUACGUGCAUCAGACAGAACGGCUAUGGAAUUCGUUCGACAGAGACGCGAAGCAGAAAGUCAAUAA